GGCCAAGCCUGCUCAACCUGUUUUUAAUUCUUCUUGUAAAUCAGGAAGAUGUACACAUUCUUUCGGCUUCCCUGCUGUUCUUAACUCGCCACCUGCUUGGACUGAGAGGAUGGACUGAGGCAGUGAGUGUCUCAGACUCGGCUGUGUAGUGAUUCCUGUGCCAAGUAAAGGACUUACACUUGACUGACAAAGCUGCUGUUAUAACUUUUGGGGAAGUUCCACUCACGAUUAUUCUAUGGAAUAAAAGAGAGAGACUGCAGCCUAAAACAAAAUGGAGAAGAGGAGGAAAGUCUCUCAUUUCUGCUCUCUGCUUCUGGCUCUUCUGCAUAUCACCACACCUUCCUCAGCUCAAAAUACUACCACUGCCACCUCCACUGUCCGUAGCCCAACCACCACUACCACCGCUACCUCCACCUCCACCUCAGCACCCAGCCCUGUAGCUCUUGGUUAUCGUACACGCCCAGCUAACAUUACAGUGGUGGUGGGAGAACCUGCAGAGUUUCGCUGUGGAGUGCCUGAAGACUCUCCCAGUCUUGUGUUCACUUACUACAGUAGCCACGGCAACUACAGCAUCACUUGUCCAAAUGGCCACGUGGAAGAUAUCGCCCAGGCCCUCUAUGGAAAAUGUGACGUGAAGAACGGAGAGCUACUGGCUGUGUGGACCCUGCAGGGAACUUCUUUCUCUGAUAAUGACACACGAGUCGUCUGUCAGCAGCCAAACAAUCCUGACUCUCUUACAGCUGUGCUAAAUGUUUAUGAUAAUGGCACUGCCUUUGCCACUCUGAUCGGCUGUACCAUCGGAGCCUUCUUCGGCAUCCUGUUGGUGUUUGCUUUAUCUUACACCAUGAUCUGGAGAUCUGAGCGGUGCCAGAGAUGCUUCAGGGGAAGUGAAAGAGAGGAUGACAUGAUCACAAUAGUAUCAAAGGAUGACACCAAGACAGAAGAAAAAGCAAGAAAGAAAAUCGAAGAAUUCUGAGAAAGAGGUGAUGAAGAUGUGUCUUUGUAAACAUUUCCAGAGUUGGCAUCAUUCCACCUUCCUCUCCAACCAUAAAUACAACAGGAAUGACUUGUUCCUACUCUGGAGAUGAGAACAGACUCAUGUCUGAGCCGCUAUAUUUUCAGUUCCUUGUUGUGCUCCAACUAAACCUUGCACAUACUAUGCACAGUCCAACUCUUUAUAACACGACACUUCUCACAAUACAACAAGAUGAUUAAACCUUCCCCAGUUGUGCAGGGUCAUGAUUCCAUAUUAUUCCUACAUUUAUGAUAUGUCUAUCACAUAUGCAUGUAUUUCUGUGCUCUCUAAUGUGAUAAAAGCAGGGAAAAGUUUACAUGUCAAGUUUGUUGAAAGGACAGUCUAAAUUACUGGUCAAGUAUAAGUGAAGGCAGAGAGGUUAUGAAAGUGCUGAGUGUGUGUUUGUGCACAUGGCUGACUUCUCUGUCACAACACACCCAUGGAAAUAAGGGACUCACUGAUGAUGAGGGUCCAGUUGUAUGUGAUACCAGGUAAGUCUGCUGCACUUUCACAGCCUGUCCACAGGAGGGAAGCACUCACUUUUUUGAUUAGGAAUUGUCAAACGUGUUCACAUAUGCAUAUGCGGACUGCUAGUACUGUACUCUUAGAUGACAGAAAAAGAAAUAUGUGGGUUAAAAAAAAACAUUACAUUUUUUUUUUUUUCCUGUUAUUAAAGGGAUAGUGUGGUUGUAUGAGGUAUUGGCACAUUAUCAACAUUGACUUUGAUGUACUGAUAUCUUUUGCAAUUACACUUCAACUAUCUUUCCACUUUCAACUAUCCCUUUAUGUCUAACAUUGUCCAAAUAUGCAAUAGCAUUGUCUUCUGCAGUCACAGAUGUGUUCAAAACAAAGAAAACACUUUGGUUCCAAAAGCCUUGUCCGUGCUGAGGUUAGUCUCUGUCUAAUGGUUAAAAAAUCACAUUACUGUUUGAAAUUCAACUAAAAAAUUAGUUUGUUGCAGUUAUUUAUUCUUUGUACAUUCUCUGCUGUGCCUUUUCAUAUCUUUAAAUGUUUUGUUUUUAUUUUAUUUUUUUCUUGUUGAUCCUGCACAGUCAAUGCACUUGAAAGGCUUUCUGCAUGUUGUACUGUAUAUGACACAGAACCAGAUUAAAAUUGCAAAUGACCAAAA